GCUCCUGCGGCAGCAGAUGCAGCUGCUCCUGCGGCGGCAGAUGCAGCUGCUGCUGCAUCAGUGCCUGCAAGAGCUCAGGCCAGUCGAGAGGAAAGUCUGUUGCUGCAAUGCGAGCAUCGCUACACCACGACUCCCCUUUUGACGGCUCUUCUGACAGGGGUGGCUGCUGCUCGCAGUCGUACCGCAUACCUGCAUGCUGAAUGGCGCAGUCAGUCGCGGGGUUCAAGAGAAGAAGCAGAAGAGACUGCGGAAAAGCUUCUUGCUUGCAGAGGCCUUCCAGCUCCCUUUCAGCAGCCUGCACGCCGUGCGGAUUCGGCUGCAGCGUCUGCUGCAGCAGCUGCUGCAGCAGCUGGGCAAGCUGCUGCUGCUGCUGCUGCAUGGUUGGGGAGCUUAAGGCUUGGUGAAUAA